UUUUUCUCGAGCAUUCGUUUUUGUGUGUUAAGUGAACUAAGUGAAAUAAAGCAAAAUGUCUGGUCGUGGAAAAGGUGGCAAAGUGAAGGGAAAGGCAAAGUCCCGCUCCAACCGGGCUGGUCUUCAGUUCCCAGUAGGCCGUAUUUACCGUCUGCUCCGCAAGGGCAACUAUGCCGAGCGUGUUGGUGCCGGCGCUCCGGUUUACCUGGCUGCCGUGAUGGAAUAUCUGGCCGCCGAGGUUCUCGAGUUGGCUGGCAAUGCUGCUCGUGACAACAAGAAGACUAGGAUUAUCCCGCGUCAUCUGCAGCUGGCCAUUCGCAACGACGAAGAAUUGAACAAGCUGCUCUCCGGCGUCACCAUUGCCCAGGGUGGAGUAUUGCCCAAUAUCCAGGCUGUUCUGUUCCCCAAGAAGACCGAGAAGAAGGCUUAAACGUUCCAAAAGCAGAGCCAACUACAUACUUGUACAUAAACAUACCCAACCGUCCUUUUCAGGACGACCAA